GCCGCCUCCAUGGCCUACCACUCGCGAAGCCCCCCCAGGCACGGGAGCCGCUGCCACGAGGACGCCAGCUUGCCGUCCCCCGCGAGGUGGAGCCUCGGACGGAAGCGCAGAGCCGACGGGAGGCGCAGGAAGCCCGAGGACGCCGAGGAGGGCGAGCGUCGCGGCGCCGACCGCAGACCCGAGAGUUUUACCACUCCCGAAGGCCCUAAACCCAGGUCUAGAUGUUCAGACUGGGCAAGUGCUGUGGAAGAGGAUGAAAUGAGGACCAGAGUCAACAAAGAAAUUGCAAGAUACAAAAGAAAACUCCUCAUAAAUGACUUUGGAAGGGAGAGAAAAUCAUCAUCAGGAAGUUCUGAUUCAAAGGAGUCUAUGUCUACAGUGCCAGCUGACUUUGAGACAGAUGAAAGUGUCCUGAUGAGGAGGCAGAAGCAGAUCAACUAUGGAAAGAACACGAUUGCCUAUGAUCGCUAUAUUAAAGAAGUCCCCAGACACCUUCGACAACCUGGCAUUCAUCCCAAGACCCCCAACAAAUUUAAGAAGUAUAGUCGACGGUCAUGGGACCAGCAAAUCAAACUUUGGAAGGUGGCUCUUCAUUUUUGGGAUCCUCCAGCUGAAGAAGGAUGUGAUUUGCAGGAAAUACACCCUGUAGACCUGGAAUCCACAGAGAGCAGCUCUGAGCCCCAGACAAGCUCUCAGGAUGACUUUGACGUGUACUCGGGCACACCCACCAAGGUUAGACACGUGGACUGCCAAGUGGAGGAUGAGUUUGAUUUGGAAACUUGUUUAAUGGAACCCUUGAAAGACUUCUCGGCCAUGAGCUAACUGUGCCACCUGGCGGCCACUGAGAGAAACAGCUCCUCCCCUGGCUAGGUGGAAGACUGGCCAGGUGCCAAGCAUGUGUCCUGCAUUUGUACUGGUGGUUUCUUGUUAAUAGUCUGUUAUUUCAUGAUGAAUUGUUAUUCUUGCCCUAUUUUCUUGAGGACAUUUGUUUUAUGUAUAGUGAGUGCAUUUUGCAUGUUAUAAAUUUUAUAUGGAGCUGAAUCCAAGAAAGAUGGAACUUGAAGCAAUCUUGCAGCAAACUAAUUGCUUAAUCUCUACCCUCCUCCAAGUUAACCUGACAAGUAUACUCGAAUUGGUUUCCCACAAGUAUUUUGGACAGUAAGUUGCCACUUGUUGGGUGGGUUGAGAUUGUACAUGUAUUCAUGGUACCAAUCUAGAAUCAGCUUUCUUUUUUUUUUUUUGAGUUGGAGUCUGACUGUCUCCCAGGCUGGAGUGCAGUGGCACA